UUGUCCCUCAUGUUGGUACAAAAGCAGUGUAACUUUAUUGAUUUCACUUGAAUUUCUCCUGAUUUGUGUUCUUCUGUUCACACCAAAAUCAGGCCUAUGUUUCAUUUUUUUGAGGGUCAGAGGGAUGCCUGAAGGGAAAAAAGACCUUUGAGGUAGUGAAGUUUUGCAUGAAAAAAACCUCCACUAAUAUCAAACCAAACUUUGUGGGUCUGAUUCAGACCUUUUUUAGGCCAGAUUACACUGGUGUAACUUCAUAACUUUAAUGGAGUGGCCUCUAAGAUGCACUGAAAUCAGAACUAGGCACUUUAUGAAUCUCUUAGCUCAUGUUGGAUUAUUCACUUGCAAAGUCCUAGUUACAGGCAAACCCAGACUUCCUGGAGCUGGGUGACUCUCCUGUCAGUCAACUUUAAUGGCACCUCACCUGCUGCAAAACUACUGGCCUCCAAGUUACUUUGCCACCACAAAACUAGGUGUCAUGAAUAUGAAAGUUAAAAGCCUCCCUUCCUCCCUUUCUCUGCCGAAGGAUCAGAUGACUUGGUCUCAACAUGCUAGCCCAGGCGCUUAACUUUAGAAAUUGCUUUGUGGGAAAAACAGAAAACAAGCAGGCAGUUGGUUUGGCCACUGUGCAUUAUGUAACCAGUGCACUGGUUGCAGGAGCUGGAUGACUGACAUUGAGAAAUUCCUAGGGGAGGGGGCUCUGCCCUGGAGUCACUGUUAGCACUAGCAUUUCCAAGAAGCCUAAAGAGGAAAAUGGCUUUCAAGAAAGGGAAACACAUUGGGGAAUAAUAAUGAAAAGCUUCAGGAUCUAAUGCGGAAUCAAAUGUCAGUACUCAUGUAAUUUAUUUUCCUGGUGAAAUGGCAUGCAUCCAAUCCUGGCACGUGAAGAAGGGGGCAUGCCAUCUGGGAAAUGCAAGGCAGCGACAGCAAGGCAAGGAGACAAUGAAUGACCCAUGCUUUAUCCCCUACUCCGCUCUCGCUCUCUCUCUUGCUCUCUCUCUCUGUGCCUCUCUUCUUUAAAGAAACAGUGAGAUAACUGCAAAAAGUCUUUCCCUCCUCCCACUCACCCCCCUCACUCAAAUUCGGGGCGGUGACAGCCCUGGGAGUGUGAACUGCCCCUUUAAGACCUGCUCGCUCCCAGUUCUACAGAGAGGGAGUGACCUCUGGGCUUUGACAGCUCCCCUAAUAACUAGCAGAGCCCGAGCUCCGCCCGCGGCCCCUGAUUGGAUCGCGGGCCGGUAUCCCGCGCUUGGAUUGGCUGGCCGCUUCCCCUGAGCGAACCUUUAGAACUCCGAGGCACAAUAUUCUGUUACAUUGUAGCAAAAUGGCGACUGUCAUUCACAACCCCCUGAAAGCACUCGGGGACCAGUUCUACAAAGAAGCCAUCGAACACUGCCGCAGCUACAACUCCCGGCUCUGUGCUGAGCGCAGUGUCCGCCUUCCCUUUCUGGAUUCGCAGACUGGGGUGGCUCAGAACAAUUGCUAUAUUUGGAUGGAGAAGAGGCACCGGGGACCAGGCCUGGCUCCGGGUCAGCUGUACACGUAUCCUGCUCGCUGCUGGCGCAAAAAGAGACGCCUACACCCUCCAGAGGAUUCCAGGCUGAAGCUGCUGGAAAUUAAGCCUGAAGUUGACCUGCCUCUCAAGAAGGAUGGGUUCACAUCAGAGGGAACCACGCUGGAGGCCCUGCUGCGUGGAGAAGGGAUUGAGAAAAAAAUGGAUACUAAAGAAGAAGACACUAUACAGGAAAUCCAGAGGGUUCUGGAAAAUGAUGAAAAUGCAGAUGAAGUAAAUGAGGAAGAAGAUUUGGAAGAAGAUAUUCCAAAACGAAAGAACAGAGCCAGAGGAAGGGCUCGCGGAUCUGGAGGUGGAAGAAGAAGGAAUGAUGCUGCCUCCCAGGAUGACCAUGACAAACCAUAUGUUUGUGACAUCUGCGGCAAGCGUUACAAGAAUAGGCCUGGACUGAGCUACCAUUAUGCUCACACUCACCUAGCCAGUGAAGAGGGAGACGAAGCUCGGGAGCAAGAGACACGCUCCUCACCUGUGCACAGAAAUGAAAAUCACAAACCCCAGAAAGGACCAGAUGGGGCCAUCAUUCCCAAUAACUACUGUGAUUUCUGCCUUGGCGGCUCCAACAUGAACAAAAAAAGUGGCCGGCCAGAGGAGCUCGUGUCAUGCUCAGACUGUGGGCGCUCUGCUGAUCCUGCCCUCAUGGACUCCAACAUCCUUCAAUCAAGCCAUUUCCAAAGAAGGCUAAGAGAAGCCAGGAUGCUUUGAAACAUCUCCUCUCCUUGCUGGACACCCUCCAUACCUGUGUUUCAUCUGGCACAGGAGCCUGGACUGUAGAAGGCCUGCUGGCACCUGCUCAGAGAAGUCUUGGGAACUCCCUAGGCCUGUGCAAUACAAAGAAAAUCUUUUUUUUUUCUUUUUUUUUUUAAUUCUUGAUUUCACUUUCCUUUAAGAUUGUGUAACCCCAGGUCAAACUGGAACUGAUCUACGCUAGAAAUGACUGAAAAACAAACAAACUGAAAAAAAGACUUAACUAUUUUAUUUAUUUCGAUAUUUAAGAGAGAAAAUAAGUGCUGCAGUUGCACAGUAUUUUUGUUUAAAAUACAUUUUACUUCAAAAUUUAAAAGCAAUUUUGUGAAGACGUGACAUUUUUAAAAAAAAGCACUUAAUGUAAAAUAAAGACUGAGUAUUUACUUUAAGGAAAAAACAUUUUUUAAAUUAUGAAAAUAAAGAUCAACUCUGCUCUCUCUUACUUUAAAGAAGCCAUUCAUACAUGUGCUGGGUAUUUUUAUUUUUUGCAAAUUGGAUGUGGUAAGUGGAGAUUGUUCUGGUUUACUUUCUCUUUAAAUUCUUGGUAAUGUUUCCCUGCUAGAUGCUUAAAAUUUGCCUUGUUGUACUGUAUUAGGCACAAAUUUGAACAACACUGUUGGGGAAGCAAAGAAUAGGCCCAAAGGCUGGAUUCUUGUGAUCAGUUUUUGUAUCCAGGCUCAAAGGAAAAUUUGGUUUUCUUCCAUUCAGAUAGUUGUGUCUCUUCUAUCAAGUAAAACAAGCUUUGGCUUUUUCAGCCCUGGGGAUUGCUGUUGUUGAAAAACAUUUAAAAGAUAGGAAAACAAAUCAGUUGAUCAUAGUACUGCUUUUUCUUUUGGUAAAUCCACAGUUGAUUCUGAGCUGCUUCUAAUCUAUAAGCGCUCUGGCAAUGGAACUUCCCAUUUGAACUAAUAAGAGGGGCGUAGACCCAGAAUAACUGAGCUCUAAUGUAAUAACUACUGGAGAAUGAAAAGCAUGCAGAAAUGCAUUUAAAGUAUGCCCAAAAAACCCAAAACAAAACAAAACUGGUGCAACUCAAGGGGAGGAAAUAUGUUGUAUGGAACUUGAGUGAGGACAGAAGAGUUCGAAACAUGUUUUCCAUGGUGUUAGCCAUCUUCCAAUAGAUGAAUCACAGGACCUAUCUAGUUACCCAUCCAUUCUCAUGGGCUAGUACAGGAUUGUUCCCUGCAGUGCUUUGCCUAGUCUCAUUUGAAGAGUAACGAUGCAGGCUAGCCUGGCUUCCUAGAAAAAAGUCCUUGGAUUUGAACAUGAGACCUUGUUUAUAAAAGAAAAAGUGAGCCAGUGUAAGGUAUACCAAACCUGCCUUUCAAGCUUCCAUGCAGCCAAAACAUGAUGUUGAUAGUAUGGUUGAUAUUAGUUCUCUGAGUGAAGUAAACUGUAGUGGCAAUAACCUUUGGAAACUGGUAUAACUGUGUAAAGUAGGGUUUAUGCUGGUAUAGAAAUGUUGCAAAACAAUCAUACCCCUAAGCAUCACUUAUGUUUUGUCUGCAAAAGUUUCUAAAGUGUUGACCUGACCUAAGAUAUAUUCUAGCCCAGUUAGUCACCUAAUGUAGUUAUUAAAUCAUUUAUUCAUCAAAGGCUUGUAUGAAGAACCCAUCUUCUUGCCAUGGACAAGAAGAUGGGAGUGUAUAUAAAGAGCUUGAUCCUGCAUUCUAUUUCUUGCACAUCCAAGACUUCAGUUAACCUUGCCAGCAGACUAAUGUGUGUGAAAAAUGAAGGAUCUUCUCUUUCCUGUCAACAGUGCAGCAGUUCCCAAAACAGGGGUUACAGCACAAGAGCUUGAGGUUAUGACUCCCCCGUGAAAAUUUAAUGGAAGUCAGGCAUAUACCGGAAGAGUGAUCACAGCUUGACUAGUAGAGUCAAAGACCUGGAGCUAGGAUCAUGGACCCAGAAAUGUUGUUAACUUCUGACUUAUGCCCCAGAUUGCAGAUUUGGGCAAUAUAACAUCUCCUGUAGAAGCGCUCCCAUUAAUUUCAAUGGCAUAACUUACCUUCUUGACAUCAGUGAAAGCAGGGUUAAGCCUCUUGUUGGGUUGUUUUUGGAUAUCUACAGUUGUUAUACUGCCUUUAGAAAAAAUAAAUUAAGUUUUGUUCCAUUAAAAUAUAAUAAGAUGCACAACUAUACUGAAGUUCUGCAAACUUUAGGGUCUGUUUUUAAUUUGUGUAAUAUUCUUAUUAAAUAAAGUCCUCUUCUGAUGCCCCUAUUGUAUAUUUCUUUGUAAAUAACCCUUUAUCAAACAAAUGCCACAAGAACUUUCUAGUGCACAUAACCAUCUUUUAAAAAGACACUGUCAAAUACCAUACUUGUUGUACAUACUUUUCUAAGCUCUCCAUUGUUUACAAUACUUUCUUUGAAGCUUAAAAUAAAACUUCCUUCUCUAUUGAU